AUGGCAUCCACUCCAUACACCAUCAAAUGGGGCAUCAUGGCCACCGGCGGCAUCGCAGAGACAUUCUGCAAAGACCUGCUCACCGACCCGGCCACCCGCUCCGUCCACGAUGUGAAGCACCAAAUCGUAGCCGUCUCAUCUUCCACGUCUGCCGACCGCGCCGCCGAAUUCAUCAAGAAGAUUGACGGCCCGUCUACCGCCAAGACGUACGGCUCGUACGGGGAGCUCGUGGCCGAUCCGGACGUCGACAUCAUCUACGUGGCUACCCCCCACAGUCACCAUUUCCAGAAUGCCAUGCUGGCGCUGGAAGCGGGCAAGAAUGUGCUCUGCGAGAAGGCGCUCACCGUGACGGCCAGCCAGGCCAAGAAGCUGGUGGCCAAGGCUAAGGAGAAGAAUCUGUUCUUCAUGGAGGCCGUGUGGACGAGAUACUUUCCCCUGAGUAUCAAGAUUCGCGAGCUGAUUACCAGCGGGGAGAUUGGAACCGUCUACAGAACACUAGCCGAUCUCUCCUUCAACGAAAACACCCCCCGGACAGACGGCAUCGUCAACUUCCCCGACACGCACCGUAUGGUCAACAAGGACCUCGCAGGCGGCGCGCUCCUCGAUCUCGGCAUCUACGCCCUCACAUGGGUCUUCCAAACGCUCUACCACAUCCAGCCAUCACCCACAAAGGAGCCGCCGCGGGUCCUCGCCGCCAUCAACAAGUACCGCACCGGCGCCGACGAAAACACCAGCAUCAUCUGCCAGUUCCCCAACAACAAGUCCAUCGGCGUGGCCACCACGUCCAUCCUCGUGGGCACCAGCCCGCACGGCACGACGACCGCCGCGCCCGCGAUCCGCAUCCAGGGCUCCAAGGGCGAGAUCCAGGUGCAGCACCCGGCCUUCCGCCCGCUCUCCUACAGCGUCAUCAGGAAGCAGGGCGACGGGAAAGUCGAGGUCGUGGAGUGUCCCAUCCCGACGGACCCGGCCCGCGGGAACUGGGGCCACGGCAUGUUCUGGGAGGCGGACGAGUGCGCGCGGUGCCUGCGCGACGGCAAGAAGCAGAGCGGCACGCUGCCCUGGGACGAGAGCGUCGUGAUUAUGGAGACGAUGGAGGAGGCGCUGCGGCAGGGCGGCGUCGAGUAUCCCGAGUUGAUUACCACGGAUGUCUUUGACGCGAAGAGCCCGCUGAACACGGGGAACAAGUAG